CCUGUUUGUAUAAAAGCAAAGCUUAAUCAACUUCUUAAAAAAAAAAAAAAAAAAAAAAAAAAGUGAUUUUCUUUGCCUGUGUGGUUUUCAUGAAGACACUAACGUCUGACAGACUUGUCCUGUAGGUGACGCUAAAUAUGAGCCAGCCUGCACACCCUUUCCUGCUCAGGCAGUUUGUCCACUUUCAUUUUUGGCCUUGCAGCUUCCUGCUUCUAACAGCUCGCAUCAGACGAUACUCAGAGGCCAUGACGCUGCCCGACUCUUUCAUCCAGCGCCAACAGCUGGACGCCAGCAUGGCUGACACCUUCCUAGAGCACCUGUGUCUUCUGGACAUCGACCAGGAGCCCAUCACAGCUCGCAACACCAGCAUCAUUUGCACCAUCGGUCCUGCGUCCCGCUCCAUUCCUAAACUCCAGGAGAUGGUUAAAGCCGGAAUGAACAUAGCACGGUUAAAUUUCUCUCAUGGUUCCCACGAGUACCACGGUGAAACCAUCAAGAACAUCCGCGAGGCCGUGGAGACCAUCACUUCGGACCCGUUGUACUAUCGGCCUGUGGCCAUCGCCUUGGAUACCAAAGGACCAGAGAUCCGUACUGGAUUAGUGAAUGGGAAAGCGGAGGCAGAGGUGAAUCUGGAAAAGGGCAGCCAUGUUCGCGUGGUGACAGCGCAGGCUGACAAAGACUCCACAGACGGCAAGACCAUCUGGGUGGACUAUCCAAGCUUGCCACAGGUUGUGAAGAGGGGCGGCAAGAUCUACAUCGAUGACGGUCUCAUUGGACUGAAAGUUCAGGAAACUGGUCCAGACUGGGUGGACACGGUGGUCGAGGCGGACGGUGUGCUAUGUAGCCGCAAAGGCGUCAACCUGCCCGACUGCAACCUGAUCGGCAUGCCCGCGGUCAGCGAGCGAGACGAGGCUGACCUGAGGUUCGGGGUGGCGCAGGGCGUGGACAUGGUCUUUGCUAGCUUCAUCCGCUCGGCGCAGGACGUCCGGGAGGUGAGGCGAGCACUGGGCCCGCACGGGAAGGACAUCAAGGUGAUCAGCAAGGUGGAGAGUCGCCAAGGAGUCCAGAACAUUGAAGAGAUCUUGGCGGAAAGCGAUGGCGUGAUGGUUGCCAGGGGUGAUCUGGGGAUCGAGAUCCCCGCCGAGAAAGUCUUCAUCGCCCAGAAGAUGAUGAUUGGUCGCUGCAACUCGGCCGGCAAGCCUGUCAUCUGUGCCACGCAGAUGCUGGAGAGUAUGAUAGCCCACCCGCGGCCCACCCGAGCAGAGAGCAGUGACGUCGCCAACGCCGUGCUGGACGGAGCCGAUUGCGUUAUGUUAUCUGGCGAGACUGCUAAGGGCCUGUUUCCCGUGAAGGCAGUCGCCAUGAUGCACUCGAUCUGUAGAGAAGCAGAAGCAGCCAUUUUCCACCAGCAGCUAUUUGAGGAGUUGCGCCGCCUGACUCCUUUGUCCUCGGACCCCACUGAGGUCACGGCCAUCGGAGCUGUCGAAUCAUCCUUCAAGUGCUGCGCCGGGGCCAUCAUCGUCCUCACCACUAGUGGCAGGUCAGCACACCUCCUGUCAAGGUAUCGGCCCCGCUGUCCAAUCAUUGCAGUCACCAGGAGCCCACAGGUGGCGCGUCAGUCACAGCUGCUCCGGGGGGUCUUCCCCGUCCUCUUCCACCCACUCCCUGCACCCGUCUGGGCUGACGAUGUUGACAACCGCGUCAACUUUGGCAUGGAAAUAGGGAAGGCCAGAGGAUUCUUCAAAGAGGGGGACAUGGUGAUUAUAGUGACUGGCUGGAUUCCGGGGUCAGGUCACACCAACAUCAUGAGGGCCGUCAACGUCACAUAGCCGGCAAAGCAUCAACACUUUCUUAAAACACCUGUUUAUUGGUAAUAUACGAGCUGCCACAUACAGUGAUCCCUCGUUUUUUGCGGUUAAUGGUGACCCGACGCGAUAAGGGAAAAAACGCAAAGUAGCACUCCCCACAAUUUAUUUUUUUAUGUGUUCAAUGUUUUUUUUUUUUUCAGAUUUAGCAUAGGAAAGAUAUACUUUUUUUUUUUUUUAAUUCCCUAAAGUAUAAUUUAAAAAAGAACAAGGUGUUUUGUAUGUAUCUACAGUGCCCUCCAUAAUUAUUGGCACCCCUGAAAAAGAUGUGUUUUUUAGCUUCUAAUAAUUUUUUUAAAACAUUCAAAUAAUAUGGGACCUUAAUGGAAAAAAGAGAAAAAUCCAACCUUCAAUACAAGUGCAUUCAUUCAGUGGGGAAAAAAUCCCACAUAAAGAAAAAAUUAUUUGACAUCAAAUAAUGUGUGUCACAAUUAUUAGCACCCCUUGUGUUAAUACUUUGUACAACCCCCU